UGCCAGGUUCCCCAGGCUCUUCUCAGUUUCCAGGGAUGCCAGGUUCCCCAGGGUCACCCCAGUAUCCAGGCCAGCCAGGUUCCCCUGAGUCCCCUCAGUUCCCAGGCCAGCCAGGUUCCCCAGGGUCACCCCAGUAUCCAGGUCUGCCAGGUUCCCCCGAGUCCCCUCAGUUCCCAGGGCUGCCAGGGUCCCCUCAGUAUCCAGGGCAGCCAGGGUCCCCUCAGUAUCCAGGGCAGCCAGGUUUCGCUGAGUCCCCUCAGUUACCAGGCCAGCCAGGUUCCCCUGGGUCCCCCCAGUAUCCAGGGCUGCCAGGAUCCCCUCAGUUCCCAGGCUCCACUCAGUUACCAGGGUUGCCAGGUUCCCCAGGCUCCCCCCAGUAUCCAGGGCAGCCAGGGUCCCCCCAGUAUCCAGGGCUGCCAGGUUCCCCCGGGUUCCCUCAGUUACCAGGCCAGCCAGGUUCCCCCGGGUUCCCAGGCCAGCCAGGUUCCCCCAGCUCCCCUCAGUUACCAGGGCUGCCAGGUUUCCCUGAGUCCCCUCAGUAUCCAGGGCUGCCAGGUUCCCCCGGGUUCCCUCAGUUGCCAGGUUCCCCCGGGUUCCCAGGCCAGCCAGGUUCCCCCAGCUCCCCUCAGUUACCAGGGCUGCCAGGUUUCCCUGAGUCCCCUCAGUAUCCAGGGCAGCCAGGGUCCCCCCAGUAUCCAGGGCUGCCAGGUUCCCCCGGGUUCCCUCAGUUACCAGGCCAGCCAGGUUCCCCCGGGUUCCCAGGCCAGCCAGGUUCCCCCAGCUCCCCUCAGUUACCAGGGCUGCCAGGUUUCCCUGAGUCCCCUCAUUAUCCAGGGCAGCCAGGGUCCCCCCAGUAUCCAGGGCUGCCAGGUUCCCCCGGGUUCCCUCAGUUACCAGGCCAGCCAGGUUCCCCCGGGUUACCAGGCCAGCCAGGUUCCCCCGGGUUCCCAGGCCAGCCAGGUUCCCCCAGCUCCCCUCAGUUACCAGGGCUGCCAGGCCAGCCAGGUUCCCCCGGGUUCCCAGGCCAGCCAGGUUCCCCCGGGUUCCCAGGCCAGCCAGGUUCCCCCAGCUCCCCUCAGUUACCAGGGCUGCCAGGUUUCCCUGAGUCCCCUCAGUAUCCAGGGCAGCCAGGGUCCCCGCAGUAUCCAGGGCUGCCAGGUUCCCCCGGGUUCCCUCAGUUACCAGGCCAGCCAGGUUCCCCCGGGUUCCCAGGCCAGCCAGGGCUGCCAGGUUCCCCCGGGUUCCCUCAGUUACCAGGCCAGCCAGGUUCCCCCGGGUUCCCAGGCCAGCCAGGUUCCCCCAGCUCCCCUCAGUUACCAGGGCUGCCAGGUUUCCCUGAGUCCCCUCAGUAUCCAGGGCUGCCAGGUUCCCCCGGGUUCCCUCAGUUGCCAGGUUCCCCCGGGUUCCCAGGCCAGCCAGGUUCCCCCGGGUUCCCUCAGUUACCAGGCCAGCCAGGUUCCCCCGGGUUCCCAACCGCUCCCAGCAACUGCCACUACAAGAGCUACGCCAGGGCUUCCUUACCACUCUUUUCCAAGGUCCCCUCAGUACCCCUGGUCUCUGACUCCUGCCAACAUAGCUGGACCCACUCAUCCCCAGAGGCCUCCCUGUGUUAA